AUAGAAGUAAUUUGGAGAAAUCUUCUCAAAACUUAGAAACCCAGGAGAUCAGUUCCAGUAAUGGUUGUUUAAGUGUAUGUCAUAAUCGGUUGCCACGGAAGCUGUUGUAUGUUAUGGAGUGAAAUAGUUCCCAUUCACCUUUGAGCAUGUUUUUUUUUCUAAGCAAGAAACCAUCAUGGGAGACCUUUUGUCCUUAUUUUGGGAGGUGGAUCCUCCCCCUGCACCUUUAAGUCAUUAUAACCCAAUUCAAGAUUACGAAUGCCAGAAGGAUGACUCUUGUCGGGCGAUAGGGAACUUCCUGCUUUGGUAUUUUGUCAUUUUACUGGUCCUGGUGUUCCUCUCUCGGGCUUCUGUCUGGAUAUCUGAGAAUAAACAGGAUGGAGCCAGUGGGACGAGUGCAUCAGCGAGUAAAGCAAGCAAAGAAAAUUCCUAUCAGCGGCAAAGCAAAGGUGGUUGCUGGGACUCUUCACAAGUGAAAAAAAAGCAGAGUCAACUUCCCCCCAUCACUGACUCAGAAGUAGCUUUGGCCAAUGCCUACCUUGAACAAAGACGAAUCAGGCGCCACUUUGAAGGCCAUAAGGUGAAUCAGAGUCAACAAGACAGUGAAACCACUGAGGGUGACAGUGAAGAAUCUAAUUCGGGAUCCUCUUCGUGGAAGGAGAGUGAAAGUGAAAACCACUCCUCACCAGUCAGCAUUCAGAAGAGAAAAGUGUCUCAGAGGCACCAGACUCUAGGAAGUCAGCAAAUCCGAGAAAGGCCCUGCCUCCACUGCAGAGCCAUGAGAACCAAUGAAUGGUUGACACGUCAUUUCCUACAAAGAGCUUCAGAAAGGGUUUCCACAAAAGAAGAUACUCAGGAGGAAAGUUCCAUACCUGAGAUCAACACAAAGUUCCGUAAAAUUUGAAUUUUGUCAAGUCUUUACCUUAUUUGAAGCCAAAUGGAAGAGUUGAAUAAAAUAUGAAAAAUCACCAGAACCCUAGGUGAGGAGACUUUCACAAUAAAAUUUCUCCGCUAACAACAAAAACUUGGAACCCAAGAGGUAAAAUUUCAGACAAUUCUUUGUUCCAAAAAAGGCCAGUGAAUAUAUGCAUGGCACCAUGGGAACACUGAAGUUCUGCAUCCAUUAUGAUUUUUUUUUACUCAAAAGAGCACAGGACAGCUACAUCAGGUCUUGAGUGUAUGUAUUUUCUCUAUGUCUAUAAACAAUGAGGAACUUCUUUGAAAACACCUUUAUGCUGAGAAAUUGUUUAUUCAGAUGAUUUGAUGAUUUGAUUGUUUGACUGAAUUUGAAUGAAUUUGAUUAUUUGAAUGAAUUAAGUUUAUAAUUUCAGGUGAUUCUGCCAGAGCUGUGUUGUUACGUGUGUCCACUUGGGGAUUUUGAAGCAGGGUUUGAGGGCCUGGAAUAAGACCUGAUUCUUACAGACAGUGGAGGCAGUGUGAUCCAGAAGGGUGGCUGGACCAUAGACUGUCCACAGUUCUUGUCUGAGAGGCAUGGCAAAUGCUAAAGAAAAAUAUUUUUUGAUACUUGUUAAAAUGGUAAAGAGGACAUUAUUGAAGACUGUUGUAAUUGAGGUCAAUAGGGGUGAUAAGUUGAGCUCAACUCCUAAUACAAUAAAGACAAGUAAAAGUUUAUAGCCAAAGAGGAGGACGAGAGGCAGAUGGAAAAUUGCUAAAAGCAGACCUCAGGAUAGGAAUGAAUUCCUGCUAACCUGACUAACAGGACUCAUGCCAAAGGCAGGUCACUUUUACAACAAAGGAGGGACAUGAAAGAGUAGAUCAGAUAUCAAGGAUUUUCAGGUAUCAAAGAUUGGAGGACUCUUGCUAAACUUAGUACUUAGAAGCAUUCAGCACAGUUGAGGUUGCCAGAGAAGAGAGAUAUGAGAAAAAUUUACACAUAGGUAAAUUGUAGUGAAAUAUAAAAAUGAUUUAAAAAAGAAAAGGAAAAGAAAAUUUCUGAAUGCUUUAGAGUGAAAAAGAGGUUACCUACAGAGAAAUCAUAAGACUGACAUUAGACUUAUAUAACACUGAAUAAAAAAAAAGACAAUAGUGCUAUGGGGG